AGUUAUUUUUGACUAGGCGCCUGUAAAAUAAACAAGUGGGUGUAGCGCCAGCAUCGCCACAUGGUAUAAAUAUAAGGGCUUUAACUCUCUGAACCAAGACGAAACACACUAUUAUUUAGUAGUAGCUGUCUGGAAAAACGGUAUUAGUCUAUAUUAUUAGGUUAUAAUUUAACAGAAAUUUACUUUUGGGCUCGUGUUUUGAGGAGGUAACUAUGGGACAUCUCUCUGUUCUCCUCCUCGUCGGAGUGGCAGUGUCUUCUGUCUGCUCCCAGUACUCCGGAGAGUCUGGCUCCGACAUUGGGAUCCAAGUCUUCGAUCAGAUUGCGAAAUCCAGACCGCAGGACAAUCUCGUCAUGUCUCCUCACGGGAUAGCCAACGUGCUUGGAAUGCUGCAGCUUGGAGCAGAAGGAAAGACCAAGAAGCAGCUUGUGACCGCUAUGAGAUACAAUGUGAACGGAUCUGCUAAAAUGCUGAAAAGGCUACAGAAGAGCCUAGCCUCUGGGAAGAAUAAAGACCUUGUUACCAUAGCCAAUGCAAUGUUUGCACAGAGCGGUUUUAAAAUGGAAGAUGCCUUUGUCUCCAAGAACAGAGAAGUGUUUUGGUGUGAAAGCAGAAGUUUGGAUUUUAAUGACCCUAAACAUGCCGCAGCUUCCGUCAAUGACUGGGUUGCAAAUCGAACCAGGGGUAUGAUUGAGAACCUCAUAUCUCCUGACAUGCUUAGUAGUGCCCUAACAAGGCUAGUAGCGGUGAAUGCCAUUUACUUCAAAGGCAUGUGGAAAUCUCGGUUUCAGCCCAGGAACACAAAGAAGCGCAAUUUUAAUGGUGGAGAUGGGCAAGUACACCAAGUGCCCAUGAUGUCACAGCUGUCUGUAUUCAACAUUGGCUCAACAAGUACCCCUGAUGGUUUGCAAUACACAGUCAUUGAGCUGCCUUACCAUGGAAACAGUAUGAGUAUGUUAAUUGCCUUGCCCAUGGAAGACAGCACCCCUCUGUCAGCUAUCAUUCCUCACAUCAGCACAAAAACUAUUCAGAGCUGGAUGGAACGGAUGCGCCAAAGAAAGGUUCGGCUGGUCAUUCCGAAGUUUACUGCUGAGGCAGAAACUGAUUUAAAGGCACCUCUCUUGGCUCUUGGUAUCACAGAUAUGUUUCAUCAGGAGAAGGCAAACUUCAGAAGCAUUACAAAAUCUGAACAACUCAGUGUUUCCAAAGCAUUGCAGAAAGCUAGAAUUGAGGUGAAUGAAGAUGGAACAAAAGCAUCUGCUGCAACUGCUGCAAUUUUAAUGGCCCGGUCUUCCCCACCAUGGGUCAUUGUAGACAGACCUUUCCUUUUCUUUGUUCGACACAACCCAACAGGUACUGUGCUGUUUAUGGGACAAAUUAACAAGCCGUAGAAAAGCAGUGUAUUGAGAGGAAGUUGUUUUUGUUUUGUUUAAUUCCUGGCUUUUAAAUUUUUUUUUAUUUUUUUUAAUGGGACAUCAACACAGGCUGUUUUGACCUGAAAUACAUUUGGUCCAGCUUUUCUCUUUGGAAACAUUUGAAACCUUUUUUUAUAAUGUUGUUUUGACAUACUGUAUUAAUUUAUACUACUGAAGCGAUUUUAUUUAAUUGGGAGCACAUCGGUGAAAAAUGCCCUUUAUUCUUUUAACUCCAUUGCUGUCGGUGUGCACAGAGCAUGUUGUUGGCGUUAACUUGUGUGGUGUUUGAAGCAGUGGACACUGUGCACGCGUCUUGUAAUGGCAGUAUGUAAUACACACCUGAAUGCAAAACAAAUGUGGUCUCAUUUGUGAAUAUGUUAAUACAGUGAAACCGAUUUAGUACUGUCGGUGUAGAAAAACAUGGGUUGAAGAAUCUGCGUAUUUGUAUGUAGAUUGAAUGAGGUCAUUUUAAUAUACCAAUAAUUUGUUUUAAGUUAGACACAAAAAUCACGUAGCAUUAAGGGAUUGUGGUGUGUGGUUUUUUUAUUUGAUCUUUUUGUAUUUGCAGUAACAUAUAUAAUUUUUUUUUUUUUUUUUUAAAUCAAUAAAAACUUAAAGUACAAUGGUCA